UAUCUUGUAGAGGAGAGCAUGCAUGGAAGUCGUUGGCGAGCGAGUCUGCCGCGCGAGCGGCACUGGAUUAGACGAUUAGUAAGCAAUGGAAGCUCUUGGAAUGGAUAGGAUUGAAUCUCCAGGGGAUCAGAAUACUUAAUGACCUGCAAAUACGGCCUACAGUACGCGCGAGCGCUACAAAGGUAAUUGACACUCCAUCUGACAGACCGAUCGAGAUCCGGCCCCUCUACUUCCUGUGUCCAAUUCUGGGAUUUUUCUUUGGAGGCGAUUCGUCUUCCUCUCUGCCGCGGCGGCGGCGGCCGGAAGUUGGCUGCUGCGUUCCCAUCAGAAUGGGCGAUACGGCCGUGCGGGCGGCGGUGCUAAUACAUGGUUGCUAGUUAUUAGCAGCCUGGCAGCAGGCAACCUCAACAGCAAGUGCGUGACGUGACGGCUAUAAGAGGACCUGGAGUGCUUGCCGCUUGACUCGCUUGCAUGCAGUGGCUGUGUGUGUUACGGACACAGCGAUCUGACACACAAAAGAGAUCGCGAGGAGCAGCAGCCAUGGGAGAAGAGAAGCAACGGGGCGGCCAUGCGGGGAAGAGCAAGUAUGCCGUGGCGUGCUCCAUUAUCGGCUCCAUCAUCUCCAUCCUCAUGGGAUACGACACGGGCGUGAUGAGCGGCGCGAUGCUCUUAAUUAAGGAGGACCUCAAGACCAACGACACGCAGGUGCAGGUCCUCGCCGGCAUCCUCAACGUCUGCGCCCUCGUCGGCUCCCUCACCGCCGGCCGCGUCUCCGACUGGAUCGGCCGCCGCCUCACCAUCUCCCUCGCGGCCACCAUCUUCCUCGCCGGCUCCGCGCUCAUGGGCCUCGCGCCCAACUUCGCCACGCUCCUGGCCGGCCGCUGCGUCGCGGGCGUCGGCGUCGGCUACGCGCUCAUGAUCGCGCCCGUCUACGCGGCCGAGAUCUCGUCCGCCGAGAUCCGCGGCUCCGUCACGUCGCUGCCCGAGAUCUGCAUCAGCUUCGGCAUCCUCGUCGGGUACGUGGCCAACUACCUGCUCGCCAAGCUGCCGCUGGUCUACGGCUGGCGCGCCAUGCUGGGCCUCGGCGCGCUGCCCAGCGCCGUGCUCGCGGUCGGCGUCAUCGCGAUGCCGGAGUCGCCGCGGUGGCUCGUCAUGCAGGGCCGCGUCGAGCAUGCCCUCGCCGUGCUCCGGCAGGUGUGUGACACCGCGGACGAGGCCGACGUGCGCCUCGCGGAGAUCAAGAUCGCGGCGGGGAUUAUUGCAGAUGACGCCGCCGCGAGUGCGCCCCACCAACCGAGCAGCGUCGGCAAGGGCGUCUGGAGGGAGAUGUUCCUGCACCCGACGCCGCCCGUCCGGCGUAUCCUCGUCGCGGCCUUCGGCGUGCACUUCUUCCAGCACCUCACGGGCAUCGAGGCCGUGGUGCUCUACAGCCCGCGCAUAUUCAAGGCGGCUGGCAUCGCCACCCGCAGCGAGAUCCUCGUGGCCACCAUCGGCGUCGGCGUGACCAAGACGGUGUUCAUCCUGACGGCCAUCCUGCUCGUUGACCGCAUCGGCCGGAGGCCGCUCUACCUCUCCAGCCUCGCGGGCAUCGUCGCCUCGCUGGCCUGCCUCGGCCUUGGCCUUACCGUCGUCGAGCGCUCGGCGCCGCACCACUCGCCGGCGUGGGCGGUGGUGCUGUCCAUCGCGACGGUGUUCACCUUCAUAGCGUCCUUCUCCGUCGGCGUGGGCCCCAUCACCUGGGCGUACAGCUCGGAGGUGUACCCGCUCCGGCUGCGCGCGCAGGGCGCCAGCGUGGGCGUGGCCAUCAACCGCGUCAUGAACGCCAGCGUGUCCAUGACGUUCGUGUCGCUGUACAAGGCGGUGACCAUCGGCGGCGCCUUCUUCCUGUUCGCGGGGCUGGCCGUGCUGGCCGCCACGUUCUUCUACUUCCUCUGCCCCGAGACGCAGGGCCGGCCCCUGGAGGAGAUCGAGGAGGUUUUCAGCCGCGGGUGGCGUGAACGGCGUCGGUCACAGGCGAUGGCGGUGGAGCUUCCGGCGUCCAACAUCCCCGACGGCAAGGCGCAGCCGUAAUGCGAUAUAUAGAAAUAAAUGUGCAUAACCAAUGUGUUUAUAUGUCAAGAGUCAAGACUUCUCAUGUGGGAUGGAAUAUUCCCAAGGAACUAUGACCCUAAACCAUCUCAAAUAACAAAAGAACUUGUUAACUACAAAAUAUUUUAUCUCA